GCGAGUGUAGCUUGAGAGCAAAUUAUUUCUUCUUCUUCUUUGUUCUUAUUUAUUCGACUGAAGUUGUCAUUUUUGCCAUGUUUUUGUUGUGUCCAAGGAAAAAGAUAAAAUGAGAAAAUACAAGCAGAAAGGAACAAGACAGCCAAUUUGCGAGGAGCUGAUGAAAGCGGCGCUUGAAGAUUUGCGGUAUGGAGUUAAGGGUCUCAGGGAAGCCAGCAGAUGCUAUGGAGUGAACAUGUGUACUCUGCGAGAAAGAUGGGUAAAGAUACAGCAUCAGGAAUUGAAAGAGAUCCCUCUCUGUAGUGGUUUGAAAUUCGCAUUAAACAAUUCUUCCAAACACUCCACUCGACAAAUUUUCUCAACCAAAGAAGAAGAAGAUUUGGCAGAAUAUUUAAAGAGUGCUUCUAACCUGAGUUAUGGUCUGAGUGUCCGGGAGAUGAGACUACUCGCUUUCGAUUACGCGAGAUAUUUAAAUAAGAAUUUUCCAGAAAGCUGGGAAAGAAAUAAGAUUGCCGGUGAAGAUUGGAGUAGAAGUUUCCUGCAGAGAAAUCCGUCACUCUCAGUAAGGAAACCCGAAAACACAUCCCUUGCUCGAAAUAAGAACUUCAACGAAGAGCAACUCGAGAUUUUUUACAAUAAUCUGCAUGAAGUUCUCACUCAAUAUAACUUUUCGGCAGAAAAAAUUUAUAAUAUUGAUGAGACCGCAUUGAGCACAGUGCUUUCACCAUUGAAUGUGAUCGCCACAAAAGGUAUCAGGCAAGUGGCUCAAGCAACGUCAGAUGAAAGGGGGCAGCAUAUAACAAUGGUUGGCCUUAUUUGUGCUGCAGGAUCUUCAAUUCCCCCCGUCUUUCUGUUUCCAAGGAAAAAGUCGUCUCCUGUCUACAUGGAAGGUAGCCCAGAAGGGUCUAUUGGAAUUUUUAAUGGAACAGGCUAUCAAGACAAGGACUCUUUCCUUGAAACCCUGAAACAUUUGCAAAAAUUUGCAUCACCUACGAAGGAUGAUCCCAUUUUAUUGCUGGUUGACAACCAUGCGUCGCACUGCAACAUUCAAUGUAUAAAUUUUUGCAGAGAAAAUGGGAUUGUGAUGGUGUCCUUCCCCCCACACACAUCACAUAAGACACAGCCCCUCGACAUAAGUGUCUUUGGCCCCUUUAAGAGGCGUUGUGCCCAAAUUUUUCAAACGUGGAUGAGGGAGAAUCAGGAAAAAACUCUCGAAUAACCAUCCACAAUGUCGUCCGCAUUUCUGCAGGCGCGUUUGAGCCAAGUUUUACAAAAAAUAAUAUUCGAGCAGGAUUUCGUGAGGCAGGAAUAUGUCCAUUUGACAGAGACCGACUAAUAAAGAAAGCCAAAGAAGUGGGGCAAAUCGCUCAAAGUCAAGACAAAAAAUGUGAUGAAAGUAUUUCUACAGAACACAGCCCCAGAGAAAGCAUGCUUCAUAAUAUUAAAACUGAAUCAGAAUUCUCGCCUAUGAAGGCUUUAGAAAACAUGCGACCACUUUCUCACAGACCCCUAAAUGUUAAAAAAGAACCAAAGAAAACCGUGACGUCCUUGAUCCUUACCAACUCGCCCGAACGAGACAGGAGGCAAUUGAUUCAAAUAAAAAAAGAGCAUAAGGUGUCUUGUAAGUGCAAGAUAGAAGAAGAGAAGAAUCCAGUGAAGAAACAGAUAAAGAGGAAGAAUUCAGAACCAGGAAAUGAAAAAGAAAAUAAAAAACAGAAAGUGACGAAAGCAAAAAA